AAUCCGACGCGAUCUCACGAGAACAUAUGAGAUUGAGCGAUUAUUGUUUACAUUGCAAAAGAUGAGAACCGAACCGAAUCGAUCCGGAUUGGACUGAACGGACGGCUAGUGGAACAGGAGCAGUUUUUUUUCUUCCAGCAGCGGGAUUGUUCUCGGGAGAUGCGCGCAGGGAACCUGUUUUUGGGGGCAUCUUCAUCAGUAGAGGCGGUGAGCCCGGUUCGGUGCUGCUGACCCGGAGGAGACGGACGGGAUCAGGGAGCGAGGUCGAGAUUUCGCGAACUAACAAGUUACUCCGCUUGGGGAGAAGAAACGGAACGAUGGCGGAUGAAUGUGCUGUGAACGGGGUGCCUGGGCAGCAUGCCAUUGCUUUGUAGCUCUAGGUGAGGAAGAAAGGAGCGCUGGGUAGCCGGAUCGGGUGAUAGCUGGCUGGAUAUAGCUCGCUAGAUUGGGAUUUUUUUACUGGGUUUUCAGGGGAAACUAUCAGGACAGAGGUUGGCCAUAUUGAGGCCUCGAGGUGGAGGUGCCCCGGCCCUCCGCUGCUCGCCGCUGGAAGUCGGCACUAGCUAGUGGGGCUGCCGGCCUCUCCGCACCGUCUGCCGGCUACUGAGCGCUGGAGAGAGGCGGGGAUUCGGUCGAGGCCUUGUUCGGGAAUGUCGGGCUAGUCGAAAAAGAAGAGACUGGAGACUGGAAGAAGAAGAAGAGGAGGAGGAGAAGGAGGGCAGUCGAACAUCAAACCACAAACCAAAAAUAUCUAAACAUCUGUAUUAGAUAGUUUAAACGCCAUCCACAACACUUCAGUCAUGAUGGAGGAACUGCACAGUUUGGACCCUCGGAGGCAGGAGCUGUUGGAAGCACGCUUCACUGGGGUCGGAGUCGCAAAGGGUUCCGGGCACAAUGAAUCGUCCAAUCAGAGUCUGUGUAGUGUUGGUUCCCUGAGUGACAAAGAGCUUGAGACACCUGAGAAGAAGUCUAAUGACCAGAGGACACGUAAGAGGAAAGGAGACCCCUUUGACAGCCAAGCAAAAGCUGGAGGCCGAGGACACAAGAUCAGCGAUUAUUUUGAGUUUGCGGGGGGUAGUGGUGCUGGCACUAGUCCGGCGCGCAGUAUUCCUCCUGUGGUGCGCUCCUCUCCCCAGCAUUCUCUCUCCAACCCUCCUGCUGCAGUGCAGCAAGGAAGCCCCUCCUCUAUUGGCUCAGUAAACACAGACCACUCCCACUCCUCAUGUUCCAUCAAACCAGCCUUUAUUCACACGCAGCACAGAGCAACACAGUCUGAGUUGACUCUGGAGAAGUUGGCAGCGUUGGAAAGCAGUAAGAGUUCAGACCUAGAGAAGAAAGAGGGGCGUAUUGAUGAUCUGCUCAGGGUGAACUGUGACUUGCGCAGACAGAUUGAUGAGCAGCAGAGAAUGCUGGAGCGCUGUAAAGAACGCCUCAACAAGUGUGUGACCAUGAGUAAGAAGCUGCUCAUCGAGAAGUCGAAGCAGGAGAAGAUGGCGUGUAGGGAUAAGAGUAUGCAGGACCGGCUGCGGUUGGGCCAUUUCACUACAGUACGACACGGUGCCUCUUUCACCGAGCAGUGGAGUGAUGGCUAUGCCUUUCAGAACCUAAUCAAGCAGCAGGAGAGGGUGAACUCUCAGAGAGAAGACAUAGAAAGGCAGCGGAAGCUCUUGGCUAAGAAGAAACCGCCCAGCGCAUCCCAGACCCCACCUCCCAGUCUGGAGCCCAACAAACGCAAGAAUAAGAGCAACGGGGCAGAGAAUGAGAUGUUAUCACUAGCAGAAUAUCACGAGCAGGAAGAGAUUUUCAAAUUGAGACUCGGCCACCUAAAAAAGGAGGAGGCUGAGAUUCAAGUGGAAUUGGAACGGUUGGAGCGAGUGCGUAAUCUUCACAUCCGAGAACUCAAGAGAAUACACAACGAAGAUAACUCUCAGUUCAAAGAUCACCCCACACUGAAUGACCGCUAUCUGCUGCUACACCUGCUGGGCAGAGGAGGCUUCAGUGAAGUCUACAAGGCCUUCGACUUGACAGAGCAGAGAUACGUGGCUGUAAAAAUCCAUCAGCUCAAUAAAAACUGGAGAGAUGAGAAGAAGGAGAACUACCACAAACACGCUUGCCGAGAAUACCGCAUUCACAAGGAGCUGGACCAUCCCAGAAUAGUCAAACUUUAUGAUUACUUUUCCCUGGACACUGACUCGUUUUGCACAGUUCUGGAGUACUGCGAGGGCAAUGAUCUGGACUUCUACCUGAAGCAGCAUAAGCUAAUGUCUGAGAAAGAAGGCCGGUCCAUCAUCAUGCAAGUGGUCAACGCACUCAAAUACCUGAACGAGAUCCGCCCACCAAUUAUCCAUUACGACCUUAAACCAGGUAACAUCCUACUGGUAAACGGCACAGCAUGUGGGGAGAUCAAGAUUACAGACUUCGGCUUGUCCAAGAUCAUGGACGAUGAUAACUAUGGUGUAGAUGGCAUGGAGCUGACCUCGCAAGGAGCUGGGACCUACUGGUACUUGCCACCUGAAUGUUUUGUUGUUGGGAAGGAGCCACCUAAGAUUUCCAACAAGGUGGACGUGUGGUCAGUUGGAGUGAUCUUUUACCAGUGCCUCUAUGGGAAAAAGCCGUUUGGUCAUAAUCAGUCACAGCAAGACAUCCUGCAGGAGAACACUAUACUCAAAGCCACAGAGGUGCAGUUCCCUCCCAAACCUGGAGUUUCACCUGAGGCCAAGGCCUUCAUCCGCCGGUGUCUGGUCUACCGCAAAGAGGACCGUAUCGACGUCCAUCAGCUGGCCAGCGAUCCCUUCCUUCUCCCCCACAUCCGCAAAUCAGUGGCCACCACCGGCAACUCCAACACAGCCAUCGCCUCCACCUCCAGCUCCUCCAGCAGCAGCGUCUCAAACUGAGAGCUCCACCCAUCUGCGCCUGUCUGAUUCGGAGCAGAGAGCGUGGGGCUCUGUACUCGCCCCACCCGGCUCUGCCGUGUCCUGGGUAGAGGAGGAUCUGCCUCUACCUACAGAAAGAGAAAGAGAGAGAGCGAGGGAGAGAAGCAGGAAGGGGAAAGAAGGAUGGAGGAUGAGCUGCAGCGAGCUGUCCAUCCCCUCUGCCCCUCUUCCUCUCCCCAGCAUUUCAAAGCUUGCGAUGUGAUGUGGGGAGGGGAGUAAAAAAAGAGACAGAGAGAGCGUGAGAGAAUGAAAGAAGGAAAAUUCAUUCAAAAGCUGAUGGUUGCGUUUCAUGCUACAAAUAGAAAUGGACGGAAGCACGGAGCAGAAGGAGACAGACAGAACUGCAACUACUUACAGACAAAGUAGACUCAUACAUGCCCUGCACCCCACAGUCCAUGAACAUAAAUGAACACACACAUGCAUAAACACACAUGCACACACUCGUUUGUGAUGAAAGAGGUCAUCUUCAGUUUGUUUGAAGGCAGAUACCUGAUACCUGACAUUGUGGGAGAAGCCCCCUCACUCCUUCUUUAGCGUCUUCUGUGUAAGAUAAUAAUGCAAACGUUUCUGAACUUAAAGGAGAAUACUCUGAAUGCCUGGCAUCCACUCCUGCCCGACACCCCCCAGUUUAUUUAUUUUAUUUUUUUUCCUUUGUUUCUUUUAAACCCACUUUGCUGCUUUAUCAUUGUAAGCUUUUAUUGUAAGGAUUGUCCAUCCUGUCUUAAGAUAUAAUACUGGUGAGCAUGGGCAGCCCUGCUAACUGUAGCCAUACAGUAGGAAAUUAGAACCCCCUUGCUAAAGUUUUUCCAUCGUACAAAAGUUACAAGCGAAUUUAGAGAACAAGAAAACAGAAAAACAGAAGAAAACAGCCCAACAAUUUAAAAACAGUCCUAAAUAAUGCCCUACAUUAAUAUGUAGGACAUUAUUGUUGUGUUGUAAUAUGCGCGUUGUGUUGGCGCGUCUAAAAGGUUUAACGAUUUUAUUCCUUUUCUUCUAAGCUGCAAACUUUUAAAAAUGAAUUUAACGACAGCAACACACAAUAAUUAAUGCAGAUACUUAAUAUCCAAUAUUUUUCCCUUUUUUUUUUUCUUUUUUUUUUUACCCUUAUUUUAUAUAUUCAGUUCAAAUGUAAUGAAGUCUUAACAGCUUGAUCAACUAACUGUACUUUUUUGCGACAUUUGUGUUGGUCAGUCUUGCUUUGUUCCAUCCCUCUUCCUCUUCCUCCUCCACCUCCUCCUUUGUGACCAAAGCUGAGCUCUGCCUGUAGGUGGUGCUGUUUGACUUGAUUUCUUUCUUUCUUUUUAUUUUCUUUUUUUUUUUUUUUUUUU